GUCCUGCACUUGAAUAACUAGAAGCUAAUAUGGCAAUCCGAUCUGUUGUUGUGCUCAGCGUCCUGGUCGUCCUGGUCAAAGGAACACACAUAUUGGAGCCGGAAUCAGCCGUUGAAGCUCAUUCUGCCGGAGGUGUUUCUUCGCAAGGGGCCAUUAGUUUUCCCGAAACGAGACCAGCUCCAGGAUCCCAGUCUCAAUCACCAGCUCCUCGUCCGGCUCCUCGUCCUGUGGGAGCACCUCGCUCUGUGGGAGCACUUCGUCCUGCUGUUGCUCCUCGUCGUCCGGCUGGAUCCAAAUCCCGUCCUUCAGUUGUCGUCAACUCCGUACGUCCCAUUGGCGGAGGAACUGGUCAUGGCCAAAAUCGCAAUCGCAUCCAGAAACCCUACUAAAUCAAAUAGA